UUAAAAAAAAGAAGAAGGAAGGGGCCAGUGUCAAUCAGAAUCUCCGUCUUCGCCCUCUUCUUGUUCGAAGCUAUGGCUGUUCCUUUUCGAUUCUCUGCGUCCGCUUCAUCGCCAGCAGCAGCUCCUCCUGUUUCAUCGCUCCUCAGCUCCCCCUAUCGGAUUGAUCGAGGAUCCUGAAAUGGUUGGGCUGAGUUGAAAGUGGCCAAAUUGAUAUUAAGCUUUAGGUGGCGAAAGUGAAACUUUCGGUGGUACGGAAGGUUUCUGUGGAAAUUCGUAUGAGAAAUUUCGCCUGAUGGUAAUUAUCAGCUGAGCUGAGAGUCGGCUCUGCUUUAAUUGCUACUCUUUUCAGAUUUCGCGAACCAAGAAGCUGAUAAUGCAUCCCCUUUACCCACAAACGACUCAGAUGUUCUCUGCAAACAGGAUCUGUGGGAACACAUGCCCACCUAGUUCGGGGUUCCCCAAUGAUAUAUAUUACCCUCCCGCUUAUUCUGACCUGCAGCAUGAAAGGCAUCAUUCUCGUAAUUCUCCUUUCAUUCCUCAAUCAUCUACCAAUGCACCUUCCAUGUGUGGAUCCCAAUCUCCGCACCUACUAUUGACUGAUUGCUCUGAAGAAAGCAGAGGAGUCCCAUGGGAUACGGACUCGCUCCAAGAAUUUUUCAAUUUUUCCGAAAAUGCCCCUGUCCAACAUACUCAGGUAGAGGUUAGCAGCGACGUCAUGGCAACUGACGACCAGCCAAAGAGAAUUACUUGGCAGGAAUUGCCAGAGCAGGUGAUAUCUGUUGAGGAUGCGAUGGAUUCGGAUUGGAGCAAAAUUCUGUCGAAGGCUGCUACUAUGGACCCAAAACCAAAGGAUGCUCCUCUGCAACAGCCCCAGGUUCAUCAGCUACAGCCUUCACAUUCAGGAGAGUUCUGCAUGGGUCCCCCCCAACAGUCUACUGCAGGCUCAAGCAAACCUCGCAUGCGUUGGACACCAGAGCUUCACGAGUCCUUUGUUGAGGCUGUCAACAAGCUCGGUGGUAGUGAACGGGCUACUCCAAAAGGUGUCCUAAAUCUCAUGAAAGUUGAAGGCCUUACAAUUUAUCAUGUAAAAAGCCACCUGCAAAAGUACAGGUCUGCCCAUUUCAAGCCAGAUUCGAUAGAAGGGGAAGAAUCGUCGGAAAAGACAUCGGGUACUGUCGAGGACAUGAAAUGUCUGGACUUGAAGACGAGCAUGAGUAUCACUGAAGCAUUGCGUCUGCAAGUGGAAGUUCAAAAGCAACUCCAUGAACAGCUUGAGAUUCAGAGGAAACUUCAGCUGCAGAUUGAAAAGCAAGGAAAAUAUCUGGAAAUGCUGUUAGAGAAACAGGGAGAGCUCAUGGAGGACAGCAACAUAAAGGCCAAUUCAUCUGCGGUAUCAAACACCAGUGGGUCCAGCCUCAUGGAAGGCAAGACAGAAGUCUCAGAAGUGGAUCACGCGACGAAAGGACUGGAUGUGAGGAGUGAUGCCUCUUCACUCGAGGACAUAAGUAAGAGGAAGAAGGCUUCAGAAACUAUAGUAAUAGAAGAUGAUGACUGGGUUAAUGGUCACCCAGGUGUCUCAUCCGCGAAGCGAGCAAGAGGGGACAAUUAGUGAGAUGUAUGUUAGAUUCGUCAUUUCGCUGCUUUGGGUGCACUCACUGCCAUGUCGAGACAGACAUUGAGAAUAAAUUUGUACUUAGGGGUUCUAUAAGCUGUGCAAACAAUAAGAGGCAUCCAUUUUCCAUGACAAAGGGCUCUUUUGGGUGCAUUUGAAUGUGGAUAAAGUCAUGUUUUAUCUGUUUGAGAAGGCUAAUAAAUGAGGGGAAAUCAAUGGACACUUGAAGUGACCCUUAAAUUGAA